CCAAAUUGGUACUAGGGUUAUAAGAAGGUACUGUUUCGAAUCAUCAACAAAAUCCAAAAAUUGACCAGAAAUGGAGAAUUGAAGUAGAUGGGUGUGCAAUUAAACUCGUAAAGUUGAUAUCUUUGAAGCAAAAGCAUAGAAUGGCGAAGGAGGAACACAAGGUUGCGCAAGUGGAAUUGGUGAAGCAAAGAUGCAGGUGCGUCAUUGAUGCCAUUCACCAAUUGCCAUCUUCCUCAAACAUCACACAAUCAUGCAGGCGAACCCUCCUCAAACUGGCAGAUGCUGAGCUCGCUUUCCUCUCACGACCCUCUUCUUCCACUCCCCUCAGUGUCAACGUUGGGCACCUUGAAACAGUUGUUCAUAUUCUACAGCAGCCUUUCAUAAGUGGGGUUUCUCGAGUUUGCAAGUCAAUUCCGCUAUCACCUUCAGUUAGCCGUGACGAGAGACGUGGUUCCCCUUUUAAAGAUGUCCAUGUUGAUGUGGUGUGUAGCCUCAAUAGGAAGCCUGUCUGGAUUAUAGUAUCUGAUAGAAACCCAAAGUACAUUUCUUGGAAUAGUUUCCAUAGAAAUAAGGGUUUAAAACUACGUAUUCAGCAAGUCCUUGCUGCAGCCCGAUCUAACUUGACCUUAAGGCCUUCCUCAGUUAUUCUUUUCUUUGCCAACGGGCUUGAGAACCAUGUUUACUACAAGCUUCGUGAUGAGUUUGGGGCAUCUGAAAUCCAGCUGGAGUUUUCAGUUUUCCGUUCUGACGUUUUGGAGGAAACAGAAGGUGACUGGAUUAAUGUUAUUGCAAGAUCAUACAGAGAUGCGUGUGUCCUUGAAAUCAACCCUGCUGAUGGCAAUGAUGUUUUUCCAAUUUUUGGAUGCGAUGUUCACUGUUCAACUGUGGAUUCUUCCCAAUUAGGACUUUCAGUAGGAAAAACUGAAACACAACCACAACUUUUCGAAGAAAAUGCUAUUAGCAGCUCUCAACUAGGACUUUCAAUAGAUAAAGCUGAAACUCAACUGCAGCUAUCUCAAGAAAGUAUCAAAACAAACUUGGGUGAUACAUUCUGUUCCAUUAUUAUGGGAAUGAACCUAAGACCCAUGGAUAAUAAAAGUUCUGAAUCCACUGAGACUGGGAAUCUUGUAGGUGGGAGUGAUCUAGUAAAUUUUGAUACAACAGCUUUGAUAGCUCUUGUGUCAGGAAUUAGUAAUGGUGGAACAGAGAAACUUUUGGCCACUCCUGAGAGUGAACUGAGGCAGCGGUUUAAGGGAAACUAUGACUUUGUGGUUGGUCAGAUAAUGUCUGAACUUCAAAACCCAAUCCAUGUGGAAUUCAGUAGAAUCCUAUGUGGGAAGAAUGGCAUAAUCUGUGAGAGUGUUCUUACAGAAUUUAAGGAGCUGGUACUGAUGUGUGGGGGGCCCAAUGAGAAACUGAGAGCUGACAAGUUAAUAAAUUGCCUCAGGGUUGUUCCUGAUGAUCCUUCUGACCGCAUGAUGGGCCUCCCAACAACUAGGAAGCUGGCAUUGAAAAACAAGGUUGUAUUUGGCACUGGUGACCAAUGGCAUGCUCCAACUUUAACUGCAAAUAUGGCAUUUGCCAGAGCAGUUUCACAGACAGGGAUGUCCCUUUCUACUAUUGAACAUAGACCAAGGGCCUUAACUGGUGAUUAGCUACAGACAUUCAUGGCAACCAGUCCAGGCAAUCACACUCAACAAAGUCAGGCACUCGACUCGCCCAAGAUUCUAACCUUCCUCAGCUUCCACCUCUCAAGUUUCAUGGCUACUGGUGCAUGGACCUUCAGAUAUCUCCAAUGGAAUGCGUCCUGUCUGCUGCUGAACCUGCAGCACCAUCAUUAAGUACUCCUGCAGUUGCUGCCAAUAUAAUGACCAGGAGGCCAAGCAAGCUUAGUAUACAACAUAUGCACUUGCAAAAGCAGUCCCUUUUUGGUGUUGUCUCUCUUUGCUGCUAACACAGGACAUUGUAAUGAAGGAUGAUAUUUCACCUGCAUCGGCAACCCUUUUCUUUGCUUGAUGAACCUGGAGCCACCAUGAAGCUCUCAGUGGCGAUGGUGCUUCCUCCAUUACAGGGAGAACCCUAAGUCUAAUGAUCUGCCCAUGCAGACAGAGUAGUGUUUUUACCAUCAUCUUUUCUGGUGACUAAAUCCUUCUUUCUAUUCAGUUCAAAUGAAUGGGUGGGAAUGUAAUAUCGCUACUCUAUGUAGAAUUCCUAUUUUGACUUGUUAAGACUGAACAAGCUGUUCGGAAGUGGGUUAAAUGGUUUCACAAAUGUAGUUUGGUGAGUUUACCUUAUCUAAAAGUAGAAUAAAUGGUCUUUGGUAGUUCAUCUUAAGAAUGAGAAAUUCGUUGAAUGAAAUCAGUGACAAGAGUUCCUCCUUGUGUUUGUUGA